UUCUUAUUGGACCUCCCCUGUUUUCUCUUUCUCCUUUACAUAUUUGGUAGUAUUUCCUUUCAUGUUGAAUAGAAUAACAUGGAUGUUCAUCUCGCAUGCAAGAAUAACAUGGAUGUUCAUCUCAACUAUUCGUAAUUUUCAUUCAUGUUAUCAAGGAAGGAAACAUUAUUGGUCAUGUUUGAUACGCUUUAACAAGUGAAUUUUUUUGUCGUUUUCAUGCCAUUUGUGCUAAAUUACUCUCUCCAUAUAUUUGGCACAUUUUAUUUUCAAUCGAUUCCAAAAAAGAAUUAUAUGUUUUUAUUUUCGAAAAUUAUUUAAUCUUUGUAUUUCUGUUUAUAUUGGGACCUAUUAUUUAUAGAAGUCAUUCAGAUCACACAAUUAAAAGAAUAUUUUUUUGGUACUUGCAUGUGUAUGACUCACAUUCAAAAGAAUUUUAAAAUUUCUUCAGUAUAUUUUUGUUGUUGAGGGUCUUGCAAAAAUAUCAUCUAUAGGAAUAAAUACUUUACAUAUACGAGGUAUGUUGUUAUUGUUGUUGUCCUGUAUAUUUUUGUGCAAAUGCCUGUAAAUCCAACAAGCAACAACCUUUGGUUACUAAUUACUACCCGCUGCUCCUACCGCCGGCUGGUUAAUCACUUUCAUUGUUAGGCAUUUUCUAUUGUACAGGCAUUUACUCCUAUCUCAUUUUUCACUAGCUGGUUGAUGGACCAACAUUAUUGUUUUUGCUAUAAAUUCCAUUUCUAUUAUCACACUGUCCCAAAAACAUAUGCCCCCCUUCCUUGUUCCACGAGAUAGCAAACCAAAAUGUCAAAGCAGCUGCUACUCUUCUUCUUCAUCCUUUUUUCUUUAACUCUUCCAAUUUUCAGCCAAAUUACUCCUCCUUCACAAUCACCUUCUGUCGCAUGCAAAUCCUCACUUUACCCAAAACUCUGCCGAUCCCUUCUCUCUGCAUUUCAGCAUUCUCCUUCUAACCCAAAUGACUACAGCAAGUUCUCUGUGAAGCAAUGCCAGAAAAAUGCGGGCAAAUUAUCCAGCUUAAUCGCACAUUUUCUUACAACCCAGAAAGGGAGAGCACUAUUUGUGAACAGCAAAGAGAUUACUGCUUUAAAUGACUGUCACCAGCUCUCUGAGCUCACAGUCGAUUACUUAGAGUCCAUCUCUGCCGAGCUGAAAGCAGCUGACGGUGCCACUACUUCCGAUGCUUUAGUUGGAAAAAUGCAGACAUUGCUGAGUGCUGUGGUGACGAAUCAGCAAACGUGUUAUGAGGGACUGAAAGAAGCAGGCAGUAGCAUGGUGGCUGAAUUGUUGGCGCCGCUGAGCAACGCGGCGGAAAUCUACAGCGUGUCUCUUGGGUUGGUGGCGCAUGCAUUGGGACGGGUAAGGAAACCCAGAAAAACUGGCGGAUUGUUGGCUGAGCACAGAGGAUUGAUGGAGGAAGAGUACUGGGCACGAGAUUCAAGAUUGAUGGCUUCCAAGGUUAAACAAGCAUCGGAGAGGUCUCAUCAAAGGGGUGGAAGGAUUCUUGACGAGUUGGUAGAAAAUGGGGUUCACAUUAAUCAAACCGUAACAGUUAGCCCUUAUGGUGGCUGCAACUUUACAUCAAUAGGAGAAGCCAUUGCAUUUGCGCCUAAUAACUCAAUGAUUGAAGAUGGCUAUUUUCUCAUCUACGCGAAGCAAGGAUACUACGAGGAGUAUGUUGUCGUGCCCAAGAACAAGAAAAAUAUUAUGUUGAUUGGAGAAGGAGUUGAUCUCACUGUGAUUGCUGGAAAUCGAAGUGUCAUAGACGGCUGGACAACCUAUAAUUCAGCAACCUUUGCCGUUUCAGGGGAACGGUUUGUAGCCAUAAACAUAACAUUCAAGAACCUAGCUGGUCCUUGGAAGCACCAAGCUGUAGCUCUAAGGAACAAUGCGGACCUUUCCACAUUCUAUAGAUGUCGUUUUGAGGGCUAUCAAGAUACUUUGUACACGCACUCUUUAAGACAAUUCUACAGAGAAUGCAAUAUCUAUGGUACAGUGGACUUCAUCUUUGGCAAUGCAGCUGCAGUUUUCCAAAACUGCAAUCUAUUUGCUAGGAAACCACUGCCAGACCAGAAGAAUAUUUUCACAGCACAAGGCCGAAGUGAUCCCAAUCAGAACACUGGCAUUUCUAUCCAGAACUGCACCAUUCAAGCUGCACCUGAUUUGGCUCAGGACAUGAAUCUCACGUUAAGUUUUCUUGGCCGGCCAUGGCACAAUUACUCUAGGACUGUUAUCAUGCAGUCUUAUAUAGGAGAUGUGAUCGCGCCUGUUGGAUGGUUAGAGUGGAAUGGAACGAAUGGACUCGACACCCUUUACUAUGGGGAGUUUGAGAAUUAUGGACCAGGGGCUAAUACAACAAAAAGAGUAGAAUGGCCUGGUUAUUACUUAAUGAAUGCUUCACAAGCAAUGAACUUUACUGUCUAUAAUUUUACAAUGGGAGAUACUUGGUUGCCGUCUACAAAUGUUCCUUUCUCUCAAGGCCUGUAGUUGGAAUUCCUGUAUAAAUCAGAUAGCUUUAUGUACUUUUGUUCCCAUUCUUUUCCUCAAUUCUAUUCUUUAACUUCAUGCUUAGAUGAAAUUACAGAGUUUCAUUGAUUACUAAUGCUCUUGUUAGUGUGGUAAAAGGAAUAUAUAUAUAACUUUUUCAA